AUGUGUGCUUUCUGCAGCUUGAAAGAAAUGGCAGAGACUUUCCUAUUCACAUCUGAAUCAGUGAAUGAGGGACACCCAGAUAAGCUCUGUGACCAGAUCUCUGAUGCCGUGCUCGAUGCUUGCUUGGCCCAAGACCCUGACAGUAAGGUAGCAUGCGAGACUUGCACUAAGACCAACAUGGUCAUGGUUUUUGGUGAGAUCACCACCAAGGCUAAUGUAGAUUAUGAGAAGAUUGUGCGUGAUACCUGCAGAAGCAUUGGAUUCACUUCUGAUGAUGUGGGUCUUGAUGCUGACAAUUGCAAGGUUCUAGUUAACAUUGAGCAACAAAGUCCUGAUAUUGCUCAGGGUGUUCAUGGCCAUUUUUCCAAGAGACCAGAAGAGAUUGGUGCUGGUGAUCAAGGGCAUAUGUUUGGCUAUGCCACUGAUGAGACCCCUGAAUUGAUGCCUUUGAGCCACGUUUUGGCUACCAAGCUGGGUGCUCGCCUCACUGAGGUUCGCAAGAAUGGAACUUGCGCAUGGUUGAGACCUGAUGGAAAAACCCAAGUUACAGUUGAGUACUACAAUGAAAAAGGGGCCAUGGUUCCUGUCCGCGUCCACACGGUUCUCAUUUCUACACAACAUGACGAGACUGUAACAAAUGAUGAGAUUGCGGCAGAUCUCAAGGAGCAUGUCAUCAAGCCUGUGAUCCCUGAAAAGUACUUAGAUGAGAAGACUAUCUUCCAUCUUAACCCCUCUGGUCGUUUUGUCAUUGGUGGUCCUCAUGGUGAUGCUGGUCUUACUGGCCGUAAGAUCAUUAUUGACACUUACGGUGGAUGGGGUGCUCAUGGUGGUGGUGCUUUCUCCGGAAAGGACCCAACCAAGGUGGAUAGGAGUGGAGCUUACAUUGUCAGGCAGGCCGCCAAGAGCAUUGUUGCCAGUGGGCUUGCUAGGAGGUGCAUUGUUCAGGUCUCCUAUGCCAUUGGUGUUCCUGAGCCUUUGUCAGUAUUCGUAGACACAUUUGGAACUGGAAAGAUUACUGACAAAGAGAUCCUUCAGAUUGUGAAAGAGAGUUUUGAUUUCAGACCUGGUAUGAUUUCCAUCAACCUUGAUCUCAAGAGAGGUGGCAAUAACAGGUUCUUGAAGACUGCAGCAUAUGGACACUUUGGCAGAGAUGACUCCGACUUCACAUGGGAGGUGGUGAAGCCCCUCAAGUGGGACAACAAGGUCCAGGCUUAA